CCCGCGCCAGCGCCUGGCGCACCUGGGGCGGGGUGGGCACCCGGAGGCGAUGGCUCCGGCAGCUUCCCGGCUGCGUGCGGAGCCCAGGCUCGCGGCGCUGCCGCGGCGGGCGCUUGCCCAGUACCUGCGCCUCCUGCAGCUCUACCCGGUGCUCACCAAGGCGGCCACCAGUGGCAUCAUGUCAGCACUUGGGAACUUCCUGGCCCAAAUGAUUAAGAAGCGGAAAAAAGGAAACAGCUCUCAAAAGCUAGAUGUCAGUGGGCCUCUCAGAUAUGCCAUUUACGGCUUCUUCUUCACAGGGCCGCUGAGUCACUUCUUCUACCUCUUCAUGGAGCACUGGAUCCCUCCCGAGGUCCCCUGGGCAGGGGUCAAGAGGCUCCUCCUGGACCGCCUUCUCUUUGCGCCGGCCUUCCUGUUGUUGUUCUUCCUCGUCAUGAGCUUCCUGGAGGGCGGAGACGCGGCCGCCGGCGCCGCCAAGGUGAGGAGCGCCUUCUGGCCGGCGCUGCAGACCAACUGGCGCGUCUGGACCCCGGUGCAGUUCAUUAAUGUCACCUACGUCCCCGUGCAGUUUCGGGUGCUCUUUGCCAACGUGGCGGCUCUGUUCUGGUACGGCUACCUGGCCUCCCUGGGGGAGUGAGGCGCCUGCGGGGCACGUCCGCGACCGCCGGCUGCCGGGGCGCGCUCGCCUGCCCAGGGUGCGAGCAGAAGCAGCCUGGUCACAGCUAAUCUGACUCCGGAUCCUGCGAUUCAACACGCCUUAAAAUGAUGGAGAAUCAGCAAUCUCUUCAUGUCAGAACCUUGUGCUUUAAAAAGGCAGUAGCUGAAUCCAGGCGCUGCUGCCUAGAAACUUAAAAUACAGUCAAAAUGAUUUCACUGGCCACUUUGGACUGAAUUAGAAUCACAAUAAACUCUAGCGUAGCUUU